AUGUUGAUGGAAAGUGAAAAAAAAAAAUAUUUAAUAAUUUUUUGUAUUAUUUUGUCACUGAUUUAUUUAAACAUCAUAUUACUAUUACUAUUUUAUGAUGACGGUGACGUUAACAACUCCAAUAAUAAAUUUGGUAAAUUUGAGUUACAUGAUUCCACAAAAAAAAACAACAACGAACAAAAUAGCCUAUUUGAAUCAUUAAAUCAAAAAUACUGUGGAAAAACACAAUGUAAAUUUUUAUUUUUAUACUCCAACAUCAACAACUAUAGCAACAGAGAUUCCUUGACAAAUCCAAAUAAAAAUACAAAUUUACUUAAAUUCUUUAUAAAUUUAGCCAAAUCUUUAGAAUACACAAUUGUAUUACCAAAUGUCGGUUUCAGUGAUGGCAAUGAUGAUGAUAAUAACAAUCUUGGUGGUCAAUUAAGAAUUGAUGCAUGUCAGAAAUAUCCUUUUGACUUUUAUUAUGAUGUUGAUAAUCUUGAAUCGAAAUUUUUGGAAGCUCAAUUUAUUUCUCAGUCUAAUUUUUCAAAUUGGUUAAUAGAACGUAAUGAAAUCAUUCAUAAUAAUUUUAAUGGUAAUGAUGAUAAAAAAAGAAAAGAUUUGGAAUUAAAAGUUGAACAUUUAAAUUUAAAUCUGAGGUUGAAUCAGGAGACAGAAGAGCUAUUAAUAAGUUUUGAAGAACCAUUGGUGGAAUACGUUCAGAACGAGAUUAUGAUUCAAGGAUGUUUAGAACAAUUUAAUAACAAUAACAAUAAUAGUGAAAGAGGAAGAGGAGCAUUUAAUUUAACAAGAUUGUAUUUAUUAGAUAAAAUGGUAUUUAAAGAAGUUAGAAUAAAUUAUAUAAAUUUUGAGUCGAGCAAAGAGAUGAUGAAAUAUUUAAAAAAAGACUUGGUCAACAGUUUUAAUGGGAAAUCUGAUAUUAUAAUGAUCAAUCAACAUGAUCUUGGAAUAUAUUAUAAUAUUAUGUACCCUGGAGAAAUAAAUCUCAUUAAACAUUCCAAAUUAAUUUUACAAGAAGCAAAUGAAAAUAUUAAAAAAUUAAAUAAUUACAUGACGAUUACUCUUAAUCUAAAGAACAAUAAUGAUUAUGAUCAUGAUUAUUCUGAAUUGGAAAUUGAUAAUUGUUUGGAUAAACUAAUUGUAAAAAUUCAAGAAUUAAAAUCACAAUCAAAGAUUGAUAAUGUUUAUUAUCAAUUCACAAAUAAGGAUAAUAACUAUGAAAACUAUCUAUUUUUAAUGAAUGAAUUUGAAAAGUCAGAUUUGAAAUUAAAGAAUGUAAGAAUAAAUUCUAGCCUAAUAAUGGAAAAAAGAAAUUCAGAGAAUUAUAAUACAGGAAUACAUUAUAUUUUGGAUAGGUUAAUUAGUAAGAAUUCAACUUAUUUUGUAGGUGAUAAAAAUACUUGUUCUGAACAUUUUAGUAUUAUUAGGAAUGGUAUCAAUGAUGCUAUUUUCAUUGAGAUAUAA